AGGUGUUGAUGAUGAUGAUGAUGAUGAUGAUACCACACACACACUCACACUCACUCAUACACACCCAACGCACCUCCUGCACUGCACGACCCUGCACGUGAAGAGAACACUGAGUCGUGUUGUGUCGAAUGCCCACGGAAUGCCACUGCCACGGCGCCUAUCCUCCGAGCCCAGUGUGCUGUGCUGCGCUGCGCUGCUGUGCGUGCUGACGAUGCUCGCCCUGGCCAAGUGUUUUCAUUUAAUUAGCAGGUAUGGUGCUACUACUGGCCAUCAUCAUCCUACCACUGCAGCAGUAUGGAUCCAGGAACAACGUAUAUGAUGUGCACUGCCGAUUCCCGAGUGCACGGCCGCCAUCCGACCAUAGGGCAGACGGGAGACAGGCUUCUCCGAAGCUCUCCGGAACCUUUCCAAACGGCCGGAAGGGUCUCCCUGAAGUCGCUUACUCCAUCAUACAUGUACCUCCUACUGUAGGCUGGUUGAUCGAUGGCCACCUACUACCUUUCCAGUCACCAAGGUAUCCUUGUGACCACUCCCGACGUCAGUGCUCUCCACGCAACAAAUGCAACUGCUCAUGUGUUCUCGCAAGAACUGCUCAUGCUCCGGAGCGUGAUCGACUGCACAAAGUCUCGUCGUCGAGCGUCGAACACGAUGGCGCUUCGUAUAAAACUGUCGCCUCUCCCAGCCCAAGCACACACCACUACCACACAUACAUACUUCUCCUCCCUGUCCAUAGGCUCUGCUUCGCCCGUAACAGCUCCGACCUGAAACCGUGUUGUAGCCUCUCUCCCGCAAUUGGGAUUGACCUAUUAUAGCUGGUCCAACUCUAUUCUUACAUUAGCAAUCUCACCCAGGCCGCACCAAACUCUCCAAUAUCUCAAACCAUUUCAAAGAAAAAGAAGGGAGGAGGACGAUCCUCUCGAGUUUUCGAUCAAAACUUACCCAUCGACGGACCACAGUACCACUCCCCAGCAGCAUCAGCAUCAGAAUCAGCAUCAGCAUCAGCAUCAGCAUCAGCAUCAGCAUGUCCUCGUUAGCAUCGACCUGGCUCCUUGCCGCACUAUGUAUACUCUCUAGGUUCACCACCACAGCACAUCCGUUGCAGAAGCGAGCAGACCUGAGACCAGUCAUUUCUACAGAUUUCCCCGAUCCAUCGAUCAUCAAAGUCGGCGACACCUGGUAUGCCUUUGCAUCACAAUCCAAGUAUGACUUUCUCGAUACCAAAGUUCAAGUGGCAACAUCGCCAGACUUUGCCACUUGGACCCUCACCGGCCAAGAUGCUCUUUCCGUCAUGGCCCCAUGGGCUGUAUCUGCCGUAUGGGCACCCUCUGUGAGCAGACGAGACGACGGGAAGUAUCUCAUGUACUACUCUGCCGUGACCAACACGGGCGGAGACGGUCGAUUCCAUUGUGUGGGCACUGCAGUUGCCGAUGACGUCCUCGGGCCAUACGUCUCCAACUCGGACGAACCGUUCGCCUGCCCCCUCGAGCAAGGCGGAGCACUGGAUGCAUCCUACUUCAAAGACGGAGAUCGUCACUUUUCCCUCUACAAAAUCGACGCCAACUCGAUGGGGAAUGGCGGCUCGUGCGGGAAUACCGUCGACCCCAUUGUCACUACUCCCAUUGUGAUUCAAGAAGUCCAAGCCGAUGGCACCACCAAAAUCGGAGACCCCAUCACCCUCCUCACCAACUCCCAAUACGACGGCCCGCUGGUCGAAGCACCGUACAUGUAUCGCAACGCCGACGGCAUCUACGUCUUGUUCUUCUCCUCCAACUGCUACGAGACGGACCUGUACGACGUCUCCUACGCCACCAGCACGAGUCCCACGGGUCCCUUUGAGAAAUCUUCUACGCCUUUAUUCAUCACGGGCACCCAGGGUCUGAUUGGCCCUGGAGGCGGCAGUUUGGCCGACGAUGGCACGUCGUGGGCGAUGCAUGGCUACGAGUCCAGGGAGCGCGUCGGGGGGAGGAGGAGCAUGUAUGUCACGACGUUGACGUUGACUGGUCGCCAGGUUAUUUCCAAUGUUUGAGGUGGGAAAGAUGGAGAAGGAAAUAUGGAAAUGAAUUUCUUUUUGUUGGAUUUGUUUUGUAUAUAUCUGUGUAUAGUGGAAAUACCUAUUUGAAUGGUAAGUAUAUGAUGAUGAUGAUGACGACGAUGAUGAUGAAUGUAGAGAGAUCAGAGAGAUGAAUGGAU